CAGCACCAGCACCAGCGCCCGGUACCACCAUCAGCUGCGAGAGGGCAGCCCACGAUGAACGACUAGUUAUUAGACGGCAGCCGUUGGAAACCUCGACGCAAGUCACACGCCCCCGCUUCCAAAGUAACAUACACGAGCUGGACCGUCCCUGUUGCGAAGAGGUACUACGUGAGUGGGAGGAACCACGGCAAGGGACGCUUCGAGCCAGCUUGCUUGUCCACCUGCCUGGCCGUAUGCUGUUCGCCGCGCCACAUACUACCGUGCCUACCCAUUACUACUACUAUCACCACCACUACUACUACUCACGGCUGGCGGUGGUGACGCUGGGAAAGCCGUUGCGACGUCCUAUCCACUCCCGGAGCCGCGGACGGGAUCCAGCGCCGAUCUGCCUGCACGACCGCGACACGGCCGUCUCACUCAUUUCGGCCUGCAGACAAGACGCUUCACUCGUUGCUGCUAGUACUACUACCGCUGCUUCCCUUGCCGCCACUCGGCUGCCGCUCCUGAAAGCAGUCACCGAGCCAGCUUGCAAGACCGUGCCGCCCGCUGCAUACGACUACUAGCGAGCCACGGCGCACCACCAACCGUCGGGCUGCAACGUCCAUCCCGCUGCCGAACGACUCGUCGGCUUCCAUCUCCGUGCUGUGCCCCGCAGCCUUCCCUCCGCAUUGGUUCGCUGCCAAGUCCCUUGCUGGUGUCAUGCCUUAGGACCUUGGGUUGCCACCAGCACUCGCGACUCAUCCCCCUCUCAACGCGCGUGCUCGACGAGGGGCAGGAGGCAAUACCGCCUUGACCACCCUCCUCGUGGCCCAGCAGCGCUCGCCCUGCAAAAGCUCUCUCCACCUCUGGCCUUGUGCCAUCUGUCGGCAGACAUUUCAUCAGUGCUACCGUCUCGCUGCCGCCGGUGGCUCUGUGCCCCAACAUGAAGUUCGGCAAGCAGAUCCAGAAGCGCCAGCUUGAGGUCCCCGAAUAUGCCGCCAGCUUUGUCAACUACAAGGCCCUGAAAAAGCUCAUCAAGAAACUCUCUGCGACUCCAACCCUAGCUGCCCAGAAUGAUGUCUUGCGAUCUGCCACACCUGUGGACUCGCAAGCAGCCCUUCAGGCGAACAAGGCCACAUUCUUUUUCCAAUUGGAACGCGAGCUCGACAAAGUAAAUGCCUUCUAUCUCCAGAAGGAAGCUGAGCUCAAAAUUCGGCUGAAGACACUACUCGACAAAAAGAAAGUGCUGCAGACACGCCAAGGAAUCUCGCGACGCUCAUCCAAGUUCACAACCUUGGAGGAAGGGUUCCAACAAUUUGCCACGGAUCUCAACAAGCUCCAGCAAUUUGUCGAGAUCAAUGGCACCGCCUUCUCCAAGAUCCUAAAGAAAUGGGACAAGACGUCAAAGUCAAAGACCAAAGAGCUCUACCUUUCGCGGGCCGUCGAGGUCCAGCCCUUUUUCAACGCCACCGUCAUAAGUGAGCUCUCCGAUCAGGCCACGACCAGCCUCCAGGAGCUCGGUGCCUGGUCAGAUGGAAUCCAAGUCAACUUCCAGACGUCUGGCCACGUCGUCACGAGUCAGCACUUCGUGGGUACCGAUGAGGGCGAUGCCGACACCCUCCUGCUCGACACCGUCAUAACGGGCAACCUGGAGUCGCUGCGGGAUUUGCUUGCUAAAAUGCAGUCUGCUAGCGAUGUGAGCGACGGCGACAACUCCCUGACAGAUCGUGUCACUCGGACAUUCUUGACGGCCAUCCAUGACGCCCCGCAGACAGCCCUGCAGGUGCUGCUCGACACCGGCCUCGUAGACCUUCACUCUUACGACGACAUCAAUGAACGCAACUGCCUUCACCAAGCAGCAAUCUACGGCAAACAGUAUGUCCUCGAUUGGGGCCUCAAGGCUGGGGUAGCUGUCGGCCGCACGGAUGUGUAUGGGAGAGUUCCGCUGCAUUAUGCCAGCUUGCAUGGGCGCCUGCCGAUGCUGGAAGUGCUCUUGGAUGCGAAUCUCUCAACGAUUGACCUCAUUGACCACGACAAUUUCACCCCCCUAAUCCAUGCCAUAAUUCACGGUCAUCUCAACUGCAUUGAACAUCUACUCGCCAAGUCGGCACGCAUCGAUCCCACCUCGGAUACUGACCAUGUCCCCCUCAACCUUGCAUGCGAGCACGGGUCCGAGCCAGUCGUCGAGAUGCUGCUGAAGCACGGGGCCAAGAUAGUGCCAGAUGCCGAAGGCCUCUACCCCCAGCACCUGGUCGCGCGAGCCGGGAAGUCGUCGCAGCUGCUUCUGCUUCUGAAGCAGUAUGGAGCGGACCUCGACCAGAUCGAUAAAUUGUACGGCUGGACGCCGCUCGUGCACGCGGCCAGCGAAGGCAACGUCGACUGCCUUCAAGCCCUGCUCAAGGUUGGCGUCGAUGUGAAUAUCGUCGACGAAAAGGACCUGCCAGCCAUGUACUACGCGGCCUGGGAAGGCCACCUGGCCUGCAUGAAGCUGCUCACACCGUUCAACACCCGCAUCAGGGCCAGCCCCCUGGUGGCACAGCCGUCUCUUGGGCCAAUGGACAGCAGCAGCGCGCCGCUGCCCAUGUCAUUGGAUCCGGAUGCAAUUCCGGUUCUCGAGCUGCCGCCGCCGAUCAUCCCGCUGCGCCGCUAUGGCCACAAUUUCUUGGACACCAAGACGGUGGUGCAGAUCAACUUCGACGAGGGCAAGGAGCAGCCUUUGAUAUUCUUCCAAGACGGCAAGUAUCCGGCUGCUCGCCUGACCAUCUCCUCCAAAGUCUCCGACCUAAUCCCAAAGAACAUUAUCCUACCCUUCCAAGAAGAUACCCGAACCGUUUCCUUUCAGGUCGACAACCUCGACACCUUUUCUUUGGAUUUUGAUGUCUUCCCCACCUACGGCGCCAAGGUCAUUGCUAAGACGGUGGUGCUACCCUCGGCGUUUAAGACGCAGCAGGGCAGCUCGAGCUGCUGCCUUCCGCUGUUCGACCCUCGGCUGCGGGCCAUUGGGCAGAUCAGCUUCAGCACGCAGGUCAUCAAGCCUUUCCGCGGCCAGCCCCUCGAAAUCACAGACUUUGAGACGUACUGGAAAGCUACGAGCCAGUUCAACCAGCCGACCAACGCCGUCGUCACUGGGUCGAGCCUGUCUGGCGACUAUGUUCGGCUUUUUGUGCAAUACACGAGCGACGGCGUGCCGGUCGUGUGGCCCCAGUGGACCAUUGCCUGUGGCGGCUUGCAAAUACCGGUAUGCAGGCUGUCCUUGGAGCAAUUCGCUGCCAUCACGGCGCAGAGCACGAGCCGUGCCGCGCUGGCUGGCCUUCCCUCAAAAACGGUCGAGAAUAUUGCGGAGAUCUAUCACACAUUGGCCACGGCCGGUGUCACACUCAAGGAAGCUCUGUCUAUCCUGCCUCGCGGAGUCCACGUCAACCUUCAGGUUCUCUAUCCGUCUGCAGAAGAGGAGAGGAUGCUGGCGCUAGGCCCGGCCCUCGACGUCAACGUUUUCGUUGACUCCAUCCUGACGGCAGUCUUUGACCAUGCGCGAGCUCAGAGGGCGCAGUUCCAGUCCCCCGAGGUGGCACGGUCCAUGGUCUUCUCCAGUUACAACGCCCGACUGUGCACGGCGCUGAACUGGAAGCAGCCUAACUUCCCAGUCUUCCUCUGCAACGAUCUAGGCAGGGAAGAGAAUCUCGUUGGCCCAAGCAAGCUGUCGAACAGCGGGCGCAGGAGCACGUCAAUCAAGGAGGCGGUACGGAUCGCGCAGAGCAAUAACUUCAUGGGCCUGAUGUGCUAUUCUCGGCUCUUGGAGAUGGUGCCCGCGCUCGUCGAUGCAGUCAAGUCUCACGGGCUGGCGCUGGUGAUGGACAAGUCCAACGACUCGCCGGACACGAGCCCGUUGACGGAACCGUUCCCUCGCCCGCCCAAAGGGGUGGAUGGCGUUUUGAAGAAUCACGGCAUUUUGCGGUUCAAUGACUCGAUAGACAUGUAGACGUGGGGAGACGACGGAUCAACAGCACAAAAUGAUGAAAUGGCAGCGGCUUGAUAGUAGAGAGUUAAUGUACGUGUUGCGAAUCGUC